UGAAAUGCUGUUGGAACUAUGAACCUAAUCAGUGAGUGGAUGACAGAGUAGAGGCGGUAAAGGUUUUGGAUGGGUGGUUCAUGCAUGUGUUGAGAUUACAUCAGUAUAUAGAUCUGAGACUGACUGAAAUAUUGCUUCCACAAGACUGGGAGAAAAUCUCAGGAAAGAAGUGUUUUGACAAUUUUUUUGAGGAUGAAACGAGGAAGGACAGGUCUCAAGUGCCAGACCUUCCCCUCCCAUGAGGAGAGGGCUAAGAGACAGAAGCGGAGAUCGUCCAACUUCGCCCUGACUCCAGCCGAGGACUGGGGUAACCUGCCCCACCAUGUCGUUCUGCAGAUCUUCCAGCAUCUGUCCCUCGUAGACCGGGCCAGGGCUUCGUCUGUGUGCCGCUGCUGGAAUGACGUCUUUCACACCCCUGACUUGUGGAGGAGAUUUGAGUUUGAGCUCAAUCAGCCGGCUACGUCUUACCUGCGCUCCACUCACCCUGACCUCAUUCAGCAGAUCAUCAAGAAGCACGCCCAGCACCUCCAGUACGUCAGCUUCAAGGUGGACAGCUGCACAGAAUCUGCAGAGGCGGCCUGUGACAUCCUCUCCCAGCUGGUGAACUGUACCAUUAAGACCCUGGGGCUGAUUUCCACAGCGCGGCCCAGCUUCAUGGACGUGUCUCAGGCCCACUUCGUGUCCGCACUGACAGUGGUGUUCGUCAACUCCAAGUCCCUGUCCUCUAUCAAAAUUGAUGAUACACCAGUGGACGACCCGUCCCUGAAGGUGCUAGUUGCCAACAACAGUGACACCUUGAAGUUGCUGAAGAUGAGCAGCUGUCCUCAUGUAUCCCCAGCAGGUAUCCUGUGUGUUGCAGACCAGUGCCAUGGGCUCAGGGAGCUGGCGUUGAACUACCAUCUCCUGAGUGAUGAGCUCCUACUCGCCCUCUCCUCUGAAAAACACGUCCACUUGGAACACCUGCGCAUUGACGUGGUGAGCGAAAACCCCGGCCAGACACACUUUCACACCAUCAAAAGAAGCAGCUGGGAGGCGUUGGUCCGACACUCACCCAAGGUCAACAUCGUCAUGUACUUCUUCCUCUAUGAGGAGGAGUUCGAGCCCUUCUUCUGUGAUGAGACUCCCGUCACCCACCUGUACUUUGGCCGGGCAGUCAGCAAAGAGAUGCUGGGCCGCAUCGGACUGAACUGCCCUCGGCUGGUGGAGCUGGUGGUGUGCGCCAACGGCCUCGAGCCCCUGGACGAGGAGCUGAUCCGUAUCGCCGAACGCUGCAAAAGCUUGACGGCCAUCGGGCUAGGCGAGUGCGAGGUGACCUGCAGUGGCUUUGUGGAGUUUGUAAAGAUGUGCGGGGGCAGGCUGACUCAGCUGUCAAUCAUGGAGGAGGUGUUGAUCCCAGACAGCAGCUACAACAUGGAGCAGAUCCACAGCGAGGUGUCCAAGCACCUGGGCCGCAUGUGGUUCCCUGAUAUGAUGCCCACCUGGUAGGCUGACAGGAAGCCAGAGUGGAGGUUAAUGAAGUUCAUGACUGCUAGGGACACUUACUGUGAGAGUCAGUGUGUCCAAAGUUACACAUUUUACUGUCUAACAAAAGCUUCGGUAUCAGACUGCAGUGUCAUGUGCUCUUUUUGGACAACAAGUAGGCAAGAGACAGAUUCUCUGUCAUCAGUGUUCUUGGCCAGCUCGCUGGAAAGUCAUUUCUAAAGCUGUCACUUGUAUUUUUACCUGCAGUGAAUUUGAUGUUUUGACUAAUUCUGAAAAUGUUUUUCUCACUUAAAAAUACUGGCAGACGGAUUUAGAUGAAUACCUUGUGAGCACUCAGCUUUCUUUCUAUGCAUAGAUGUUGUGAUGUGAGAUUUUUGGAUGUCGUUGGUUCAAUAUGUCUGUGAAUGACGGUCUGAAUUUUCACUCACUGCAACCUUUCUACCAUUAAAGGAUGUGGAUCUGCCAUCUGCUGGUUGCUUACGUUAAAAGCAUCACGCUUCUUCAUUCAUCCUGAAUUCACACACUGAAUUGACUUUUUAAAGGAAAAUUGCACCUUUGUAUCACAAGUGUAUGUUUGCUGAAUUCCAGGUCUUAUUUUGUGGUGAAAUAUUUUUUGCUACAGUAGCAACACUCUAAUCUCAUCUGCUCCUGCUUAAUUUAGUGAUUUCUUCUAGUUCCACAGAAUACGGACGUUGACAGAGAGAGCACUAACAAUAGUGAUACUAAUGAGAGAGAACAAGUCACACCUUCGUCUAAAACACAAUGGGCCUUUUCAUGUUUGUGUCAGUGGACACUUUAAUAUUUGAUCCUAAAAUACAACAAAUUUAAUUUGUUGUUUUCAAUUGUUGAAUGUCAGUUAAAAUAUUUGAAAGUAUGUUAUUUAAUUUAAAGGUUUUAAAUGGUGUUAUAACAUAUCAAACUCAGCUUUAGACAUUUAAGCCAUUUACCAUUAUCCUCUGUCAGGUCAACAGUUCAUUCACAAGUUAAAUUGAUUUUAUUUUCCAUUAAAAUCGAUAUUUAAAGUGCAUGAUCUAUACUUACAGUCUGAAAUCUAAGCUGAUGAGAUUUAUCAAACUCUGGAGAUAUCUCCAUGUUGAUGUUUGUCAUUAUUGUCAUCGUCUGAAUUUGUCCAAUAAUGCUCAAGAAUAAGAUAAAAUACAACCAAACAACCAAAUGGACUCUUUAAUACAGUAAACAGCACCUAUAGUUAUAGUAAAUACAGCGUUAAAGAGUUUAAGUCCGGUUGUCGUGAGUUUUAUCAGAAAUAUGCAGGAUGUGAAUUGAUUUUUUUUUUUUUUUAUUGUUUCAAAUGUAUUUUUUUAAAUUAUGGAUCCCUGUUCCUCUAGCAGCACUGGUUAAAAACACACAGAGGGUCUUUAGUGUUUAAAAUAGAGGCCAAACGUUUGGUAGUUAAAGUUUGAUUUUUUUAUCAUGAUAUGUUUGUUUUUUUCCACAUGGUACAAAUUUAUUUUGUUCAAAAUGGUUCUGAUGUUUUAUUUAAUUCAGUUUAAUGUUAAAUGCACAGUGCCACACUGUACCACAUUAAAACAACAGUGACUUGCCUUGUAUUUGUUAAUUUGUCAAUUAAAUGUAAGUUAUUAAUCACGUUUA